AUGAAGACUCAAAUAAUACCAUUAUUAUUCCUCUUCGCUUCCCAAAUAUACGCUGCUGACUUCAGUGAAAAAGGUUGUUAUUCUAAAAGUGAUUUACAAUCAAUAUUAACUUCAAAAGGUGAUUAUACAUGGCAAUCAAGUAGUUAUUGUGAAAAACAAUGUUCUGGUUAUUCUGUUGCUGCUUUAUAUAAUGGUAAAACUUGUUAUUGUGGGAAUAAAUUACCUUCAAACUUAGAAACAACUGAUGGUUGUGAUACAAGUUGUUCUGGUUAUCCUUCUGAAACAUGUGGUGGUAGUGAUUCAUUUACUGUUUAUACUACUGGUGAAGAAGAUACCGAUAGUGAUGAUGAUGAUAAUAGUUCAAGUGAGACCACUAGUAGUACUAGUACUAGUUCAACUCAACAAUCUACAAGUUCAACUUCAACAAGUUCAUCCACAAGCUCAACUUCUUCAAGUACUUCAACUUCAUCAACUUCAUCAACUUCAUCAAGUACAAGUACUACAAGUUCUUCUACUUCAUCUUCAUCCACAAGUACUACAAGCUCAUCAACUUCAACAAGUUCUAGUUCAACUUUUACAAGUCAAACAACAAGUUCUACAAGUUCAUCAUCAACUUCAACAGCAAAACAAUCAACACAAGUUUCCAUUAUAACUUCAUUAAUUUCUCAAUCAAAUACUGUGGUUACUUCAUAUCAAACUGCAACUCCAACUGAAAAUCAAAAUUCAAAUCAAGUUUCAGCAUCAGCUUCAUCAUCAUCCUCUGCUUCUUCCUCAUCAUCAUCAUCAGAUUCAAAUAAAAAAAAUAAUAAUGGAUUAAGUAAAGGUGCAAUUGCAGGUAUUGCAAUUGGUGCAUCAAUUGGUAUAUUAGCAAUCAUUGCAUUAUGUGUUUUCUUAUUCAUCAAAUCAAGACGUUCUUCAUCUUCAGAAAAUUUAGAAAAAUCACCAACAACAACACCAAUUCAUAAUGAUAUGUCAUUUUAUCCCCAUGAAUUUAAACGUAAUGAUCCAUUAACAACAUCCCAAAUUUCAAAUGGUUCAUUUAAUGGAUUUGAUCAACCAACUCCAAUAAUAAAUACUGAUAAUUUUGGUAGAAAAAGAUUAAGUAAUGGUUCAUUACCUGAUGAAAGAACUCAAAAAACUCUUAGGGUGGUUAAUCCUGAUGAAACUACUUUAAAUGAUACUACUUUACAUAAUGAUCAUGAUGAUUUUAAUUUUAGUGAUGAUAGUGAUUUUGAAAAAUUUAAAUCAUGA